AUGAGGUUCGUCGUACUUGUUUGUGCGUUUUACGGGCUGGUAGGUUGUACGAGGACCGGAAGACCCAUAACUCUGGACAUUGGCAGUCCGGUCGAUAUUCGUUUUAGCAUAGACAUCUUCACACUAAACAAGGUUAAGCAUCGAGCAUAUACUUCCAGAGGUUUCGGUCGAGUAAAGGCCAUAGUGGAUGAUGGAACCCCGGUUUGGGCUGCUGCAGACCCUCAAGAAGGAUGUACAGGCGCCUACUUAUUCUACAGGGACGGUUACACUUCUCUUCUUAGCGGCCGAGUUUGUUCCGUGUACUUUGAUACGUUUAUGUUCUUUGAAAAGGAGAAUGAACAGUGGAACUCUCUGAACAGACAAGACUUUGAAACUAAACUCCGCUCAAUGAAAGAUUUUGAGGCUGUAGAUGAAGAGUAUUUCAGUAAACAUGUAACAUCACUUAGUAGUAUAGGGAAAAAACGCGCUGUAAAUGACACGUAUAGGGGAAGUUUUGUGUAUACAAAUGGACAAAGUGGAAUUGGCAACAAACUAAUGACAACGCACUCAAAUGGGCGGUCCAAGAGGAAUGAGAGGAUCUCGUUUGUGGACGAGGGUUUGCAUGAUGAUGAUACAGAAGGAAAACCUGAAAAAUUGAAUGGUAAGACUUUGAAAUUUGACAAGCCUGGACUCCAUAAAAGAAAACUUUACGAUCCUAAAGGAACAAAGGUACACAAAAAAGGCGAAAUUGAAAGGGCUAUAACUAAACCGGCAAAGGUCCGCUUGUUUGUAGAAUUCAACGAUCCAGAUCUCUGGGAGGAUUUUUCGGAUGACGAAGUUGUUAUAGUACAAAUUAGUCGUAAAUCAGAUUUAACAAUGCAGUAA